UGUGUUAUUGAGUUCAGUAGGUUGAGACCAGUGAUUGGUAAUCAAGUCUUGACAAAUUUCAUACCAUGUUCAAAUGGCUCGUUAUUUUCCAUCUAACCUGUCUGUCGGCCGUUUCGGUAAUUUCCCACCACGCCGGAUCUUCCGACGGAUUCGCAAGGGUCUCGAAUCUCCCGUCUGGAUACAUUAACUACCCGAGCUUAGGGGUAGCCUUCAAAGUUCAUCGCGAACGACGCAACUGGUCGAGUGCAAAAUUGGUGUGCAAAAACGAGGGGGGUCGUUUGGCCGUCAUCGACACCCACGAAAAGAUAGGAUACAUAAAAUCGCACAAGCCAAAGUUCUCCGAGGUCUGGGUCGGUCUGAGCAGAGAAGACGUGCACUGGAUUGCAACGGAGAACCCGGAAUCGCGACACACGCGUUUACCUUGGGAAUCGAAUGGUCCGGAUUCCUUCGGAAAUUGUGCAGCUGUAAACGUUAGAGGUGACGGACUGUGUAAUAAGGUUUGUAUAUGGCGAAAGGCGUUCGCCUGCGAAAUACCUACUGCCACAGCCGUGCCGUAUCACGUACCAAACACGGUCUAGACUCCGGACCAAUAGAGGAAGCCGGAAUCUCGGAGGGAACUGUAUCUCUUUGCGAUGGAAGGCAGCGAGCAAAGGAAGAGGGAAGAAGAAUAUCGAAUCGGUAAAACUGUGCUCGACUUUUUGUAAUUCAAUGAGCGGAAAAUAAAGACCGACCAUCUAACCGAAA